AUUGCCCUGUAAGGUAAAUCAGUUAAAAUCAACCUCUCCUGCCCUGAGUUGAUAGGUAGGGUUAGGGUUGCCAGAUGUCACAAAGUUACAGAAUGCUCAGUUUUAGGGUAUAUCCCUUAUUCAAUAAGGGUUACAGUAAAAAAUAUUCAUUAUGUGAAAUUCAAAUAUAACUGGGUAUCAGGUAUUCUAUGUGGCAACCCUAGGUAGGGGAGUACGGGUAAGGCAAGAGAUUAGAAGAUUUGCAGCCUCCAAGGUUUCUGCACCUCGAUGGGACACUAGAAAGGAAGGCUUCUGGGCCUUUCUGGCUCUGGGAAUGAAGCAUGGAAAACCCUCCCUACGGGGGCGCAGGGCUUCAAGCAGCCAAGCCCUGACUUCCGAGGGAAGAAAGGAGGCCAUGGGCCUCUGCCAGAGCCCUGCUCUGAACUCUAUGGUCAGCAGAGUUCAAAACGACCUGCGACGUCUGGCGCUUAGCUCCUAAUGGGGUCUCCAGUCCAGCGGCGACGGCCAGCGGCUAGACGCCAUCCGCCCGACUCCAAGAUGGCGCCCGCCACAGCUGCCAGGUGUUAAGAUGGCGGCGCGGGGCCGCGCCCGCGCUCCCACACUCUCCUCCCCCAGCCUCCCUCGGGCUGGUAGCACGACUCGCGUAGCCGUGCGCGGGUUGCCUUUCGGCCUGGGCAGUGGUCCUGGCUGCCGGUCGACGACCGCCCCGCGUCAUGCGGCUCCUCAGCUGGUGGCAAGUACUGCUGUGGGUGCUGGGGCGUCCCGUCCGCGGCGUGGAGGUUGCAGAGGAAAGUGGUCGCUUAUGGUCAGAGGAGCAGCCUGCUCACCCUCUUCAGGUGGGGGCUGUGUACCUGGGUGAGGAGGAGCUCCUACAUGACCCGAUGGGCCAGGACAGGGCGGCAGAAGAGGCCAAUGCGGUGCUGGGGCUGGACACUCAAGGCGAUCACAUGGUGAUGCUGUCUGUGAUUCCUGGGGAAGCUGAGGACAAAGUGAGUUCAGAGCCUAGCGGCGGCACCUGUGGCGCUGGAGGAGAGGAGGACUCAAGGUGCAACCUCCGAGAGAGCCUUUUCUCUUUGGAUGGUGCUGGAGCACACUUCCCGGAUAGAGAAGAGGAGUAUUACACAGAGCCAGAAGUGGCGGAAUCGGACGCAGCCCCGACAGAGGACUCCAAUAACACUGAAAGUCUGAAAUCCCCAAAGGUGAACUGUGAGGAGAGAAACGUUACUGGAUUAGAAAAUUUCACUCUGAAAAUUUUAAAUAUGUCACAGGACCUUAUGGAUUUUCUGAACCCAAACGGUAGUGACUGUACUCUAGUCCUGUUUUACACCCCGUGGUGCCGCUUUUCUGCCAGUUUGGCCCCUCACUUUAACUCUCUGCCCCGGGCAUUUCCAGCUCUUCACUUUUUGGCACUGGAUGCAUCUCAGCACAGCAGCCUUUCUACCAGGUUUGGCACCGUAGCUGUUCCUAAUAUUUUAUUAUUUCAAGGAGCUAAACCAAUGGCUAGAUUUAAUCAUACAGAUCGAACACUGGAAACACUGAAAAUCUUCAUUUUUAAUCAGACAGGUAUAGAAGCCAAGAAGAAUGUGGUGGUUACUCAAGCUGACCAAAUAGGCCCUCUUCCCAGCACUUUGAUAAAAAGUGUGGACUGGUUGCUUGUAUUUUCCUUAUUCUUUUUAAUUAGUUUUAUUAUGUAUGCUACCAUUCGAACUGAGAGUAUUCGGUGGCUAAUUCCAGGACAAGAGCAGGAACAUGUGGAGUAGUGAUGGACUGAAAGAAGUUGGAAAGAGGAACUUCAAUCCUUCGUUUCAGAAAUUAGUGCUACAGUUUCAUACAUUUUCUCCAGUGAUGUGUUGACUUGAAACUUCAGUCAGAUUAAAAGAAUCAUUUGUUGAACAACUGAAUGUAUAAAAAAAUUAUAAACUGGUGUUUUAACUAGUAUUGCAAUAAGCAAAUGCAAAAAUAUUCAAUAGAGUGGAGUAUUCUUGUUUUUACUGCAUGAACUUAAUCCAGUAUUUGAAAAGUAAUCCAGUUUGAAAUGUGAAGAUGUAUUCUGGUAGAACAGUGAGUAGAAUGACGUGCUUACUAUACAGAAGGCAAAAAUAGGACUCUCAGAUAAUAGUUUUAGGAAACCCUUGAUUUCUUAUAUAUGUUUAAGAAGGUUAGUUUUCUGUUUCUUUGCAAUUUUUCUUCCAGAGUCCAUAGCAGGAAAGUAUGUAACGAGAAUUGGUUAGUGUGACCCCCUCAAGUAGCAAGUGAUGGAAAAUAAAAGAAUCAAAUACCUUGAUGUUUGUGAUCUCUACUUUCACUCAAAAAAUUUGAAGUGUUUUAAGUUGUUUCUGGGUAAGGGAGAUGUUAGGAGAAAGGAAAUGCUGUAACUAAAGCUCAAUUAUUAUCAGUUCUAUGCUAAUGUAUACAUUUUAAUCAUAGUUAUCUAACCAGCAUGCAUUAAUUGAACCUUAAAAUGUUCGCAGCAGGCUGGUCUCAAACUCCUGACCUCAGGUGAUCCACCUGCCUCAGUCUCCCAAAAGUGUUGGGAUUAAAGGUGUGAGCCACUGCGCCUGGCCUAAACAAACUUUUUGAAAAGCUGUUUCUAAAAGAUCCCUUAAAUUCAGAUAUGACAGCUAAUUACCGCAUCAUAAAUUACUUUUAUACUAAUUGUUUCCAGGGUUUUAGAGUAGUUGCACGUUUAUUUCAUGAGGCACCCUAAAUUCUAUAGAAAUAAAACCUCAGAUGAGUCUCCUUCUUAGAGUGUUAUAAUGAAUGGGAGUUUACAACUUUUAUGUGUCAUGUUGCCAACAGCUGUGGUUGGGGUGGUCGCUGGCAGGAGGGGACCAUAUCUCAGAAUGGCCCAUUAUUUCUAUUUUACAAAUGAGCAAAUUGAGGCAUAGAGAGUUAGAUAACUUGCCCAGGUUACACAGAUUGUAAGUUGAUGAAGCUGGGAUUUGAAUCUUCACGUGUGUACUUAUAAAUACAAAUGCAAGGAAAA